AUGAAGGAACAUGAGAAUUCGGACGAGCACAGGUCAGCACUUGUGACACUAUUAGCUAGGAAGAAUGCUGGCGGUAGAGUUGUCAAGAGUCUUGUUCUUCAAACAGAAGAAGAAAUAAAAUACUGGCAUGAGGUUUUGAGGCGCAUUCUGGCUAUUGUGAGGUCAGUUUCUGCAUGCGCAUUGCCGUUUAGAGGUUCCCGUGAGAGAUUUGGAUCAAAAAACAGUGAGAACUAUGUUAUGACCCCAGAACGUUUGGCUGAGUUCGAUCUUUUUAUGGACUUACAGAUAAAACGCCACGGUAACAAAGGAAGUGGCACAACAUCAUAUCUUUCGUCCAAAAUAUGCGAUGAAAGGAUCACUAUCAUGGUAGGAAAGGUAAUAAAUACAAUCGUGACUGAGAGAAAACAUGCCAAAUAUUUCUCAAUCUGUGUGGAUUCUACUCCAGACAUUUCUCAGGUACAUCAAGCUUUCUUUCAUAGUGGAAUAUAUCUCUGA